AUAUUUCUCAUUCUUGGUUCGAUUUUAGCACUCUCGAUCAAAGAGCCAAUUUGAGGUGUCCUCAACGAACCACAGCGGCUGGCUUGUCAUGAUUUUGAAAGACAAAGACUUACUGGACCAAUUGAUCGGAAUCUUCAAAGGAGAUGAGCUGAAAAAAGGGAGAAGUUUGCAAGAACUUUUAGUGCCCCUUCUUACAACUGGUACUAAAAAAGAAUUGACUCUGCUUAACUCGACGCUUCAGUACUUACUUGAUUUUCCCGACUGGCCGAGGACUUUCGUGAAACCAGAUUUCAAGCUGGGAGGCAACAGGAAAAAGAUUUGCUUCGAUGAUCUGAUCGAAGAGGCGAAAGCGUUGCGAGAAAACCAGGUUUGGCUGUUAAGUUCGGUGGCUGGCGCUGGAAAAUCGACAGUUCUCAAAGAAAUCGCUUUUCAAGUCGGUAAAUCAGAUCAAAAUGCCAAAAUUUUAAAUAUCUCGUUAAAGAAAAAUAUCCUUUUCAUAUUGAGAAAUUCUCGAGUGGAUUUAGUCCAAUUCCUAGCCAAAACCACGGGGAAUUCCUCUGAAGACAUAACAACUUGGAUUGCACAAAAAAGAGUCAUCGUUUUCCUGGAUGGAUUCGACGAAGUUUGUCCGCACAGCAGGGAAAAAAUUCUCAAAUUAGUGAUUGCCCUGAAAGAAAGAGGAGUUCCACUUUGCGUAGCAACGAGACCUCACGAGGCGAAAGUGAUCGAGGAAGCAGUUGGCAAAGCGAAACUUGUUCAAAUAGAGCCACUUGAUGAAGCAAAGCAAAUCGAAUUUCUGGAGUCCGUGACCAACAAGAACGAGGAAGAAAUCAAAAGAGUGCUUCACACCGUCAAACAAAUAGGAUUUGCAAGCUCUCAAAAUCACUUACCUCAACGAUAUAGAGGUGGAAAUCAGAACACGAUUCUGGUCAACCCGCUGCACCUGUCGUUAGUUGCUCAGUGCAGCGGUGAGGGAAAUUUAUUCCAAAUUUACACCAUGGUGGUGAGGAAGAAGGUAGAAAUAUGUUUGGUGAGGGAAAAUGGCUACAAAGAAGUGGCAGAAGAGAGAAUUGAAAUCGCCCUUAACCUUCUGCGGUCGAUCGCUUUUCGCUUCAUAAAAAACGAGCCGCUUGUCGGGGAUGGAGUGACGAAAGAAGACUUGGCGAAGAUGAACGACUAUGGAGUCGCAACCGUGGAGCAAGAUACGGUCACAUUCCUCCACCAGACAUUUGCAGAAUUCCUCGCCGCCCAACAGAUUUUGAAAAACGUGGAAGAGUUGAGCACUUUUGAUAUGGAAUUUAUUGGCAGCUGGGAUAAUAUGGAACAAGUCAGAAAGUUUGUCGAUCUUUUCUACUCGACUUUAGAAAAGGAGGAAGAGAUCGAGUUUCACACGCAAAUAAUCGUGUCCCAUGUAAUUUCAACCAAAUCUGCUCCGUUUCUGAUUCGAGUUUGCAAGGAAAACCUCAGCCAGAUUUUUAGAAUGGUGAGGCCACACAUUACCUUUUGUGAUGAACAAAUAGAAGAGGAUUUCUAUCUCUGGGAUGAUGCAUAUGGUUAUUGUAGAAAACACCGUUCUUCCAUUUGCGUGAAUUACGCCAUAAAAUUGCUGGUCAGUGCGAUAAGAAGCGAAGAAAUUGCCACCGAGCUGUUGAAAAUGAAUAUCAUUGAUUCCCGCACCUUAGAAAAACACAUUGAUUGGAUCCUUAAAGAAAUUGCCAGGUUUAACGCAAUCCCCGUGUUCAACCAGCUUAAAGAGACUUUCCCCAACUUCACCAAGCUGCUCCAAAAAUCAGAUAGCAGUGCCGGUUGCACAGCGGUUUAUUAUGAAGAAGAUGAGAUUUUAGAAUUAUUCUUGGAAAACGGAUUUGACGUGAAUUUUACGUUCGAUAGAAAUAACAAUGGAAACGCCCUUUUCCUUGCUUGCCAAUGGGGGAGCCUCAGGUGCGUCCAAGUUCUCCUCAAAUACGGCGCCAAACAAGCCUUUAAGCAUGGUCCUAUUUACACGUACCGAAACAUUUGGGACCCUUUGAACCUUGCUGUGAAAUGCGGCCACCUGGACAUUGUCAAGCAUAUUGUAGAGGAAGGAAUCAAAGGAUUGGCCCGAGAUGCAGUGACGCUUGAGGCAAAUUUUUUUCUGACGGACGAGGAGAAUGCGAUGAAGGAAUUCGAUGAAAGGUACAGUUACGAAUUCAACGCUUUCCACUAUGCCGUCUUUUAUAGACAAAAGGAAAUAGCUGAGUACCUUCUCUCAAAAAGUCCAGCCUUGAAACACAUCAGGACAGGAGAGGGGAAGAGUCCUUUGCAGCUGGCUGCGGACCGCCGAUUCGGAGAGUUCCUGGUCUGGCUCGCGAGAGAAGUAGAUGAUGACCUGAGUUCUUUGAUUCCGAACGGCGAACGACAAGGUUGGACCGAACACGAUCACUUCUACUACGAGCACUUCCUGCUGCUGCAAGGCGACCUGACGAAAACGGACGAGCAAGGCAAAACUCUUCUCCACUGCGCCGCCCAGUACGGUCAUUUGCAUUUCGUCCGCGAGUUUAUCGCGAAAGGUGCCGACGUCUCUACCAAAGACGCCAGAGGAUGGAACGCCUUGCACUUCGCCUGGAGCUACACCGAUUUCAUCAGCAACCACGACAAUUCGGAAGUGGUCAAACUCCUGCAUUUAACUAACCCUCGACUGGUGAAGGAAACGACAAAUAAGGGAGAAACUGUACUGCACAUUUUGAUGAGCAACAGCUACUUAGGCCAUUACGAAGAAGAGACAUCGUUUAGCAGAGAAACUUUUCGGUUCCUUGUGGACGAAGCCGGGGUGGACUUGGAAGCCAAGGACAGAAAAGGCCGCACGGCCAAGGACGUGGCUGAUGAUGAUCACCCUGACCUGUGGAAUGUGCUUGAUCAGUAAAAAUACAGAACACUUUUCGAUUUCCCCACUUCAGGUAUCAUGCCGGUUUGCGUCUAAAAGGCUCCAAAUUAUUUCCACCUGCCGUGUAAGCGCAGAAGGACGAGCCUGUUGCGGCUGCAAUUUGGUUAUAUUAUUGAUUGUUGUGGGAGACAGAGAGUUGUUUAAAAAGACGCAUGAGGCGUGGUACCGUCCGUCAUUUAUCCAAGUGGAAUACACCAGAGUCCAUCUUCUUCAUCGCUCUACCGCACUGAUUUUUGCAAGUGCGAGACGCGCAAGAAACGUACUGGUCUCGUCCAUGCCUUCUUCACCGUCCUGUCCAAAGGUGGAAAAUCAAGAUCGACAAUUUUUUUGCGAAUUAUGCUUUAUUUACAGCACGUACUGUUUCCCAUUUUGUCUUAUCGUUUGAAUAAAAGAGGUUUUAUGUUUC